UGAAAAGUUAUUAUCUGACUCGUUUUAACACAUGUCGAAAGAUAUAUUUAUUACUCUUUUACAAGCUAAAAGCUCAAGUGGAGCGAUCUAUGGGCUUCUUGCAGUUUACCAACACGACAAUGGCCGAAUUGUCUGUAUAGGAUAUUUUUUAUUGGCCCAUACAUCUCGACCUGCCAUGUCUUUGGUUUUAAAAAUGGCGUAUACAAGCUUUUUGUUUGCCGGUUUACGCUGUUAAAUAGCUCCCAAGACCUCGCGAGUUCUCGUACGAGAAGUAAACGUCGUGAAUAUGAAAUUAAAGUACAUGUGUAGGUAUAUAAUCAACGCUGUGGACCCCGUGAACGUAUUUUCUUAGCGUUAUGGUGAAUUAGAAUGGUGCCUGUGGCUUGUCAAUCUCGCACGUCGUCAGGUUACCCGUUCGUAACGUAAAUAUCACCAAGCGAGCGUUUUAUAUUUCAGAUAUGACAGCGUCGCAAAAUUGUAGAUAAUGGAGAGCUCAGAAGAUGAUGCGGGCACCGCGACGAGCGCUUCCCGCCGUGCAUCGGCGCGGGAAAAGGACGUCGGGCAGGCCGAGGACGUCGACGCAACUAGUAGCUACCACCAGGACAUUAGCGAGGGACGGACGUCGUGCCAAACCCCCGCAAUGUCGGAGGACAACUUCGACGGCGACAGCGUUCCGUCGCCGUCGACACAGGACGUCAACACGAGCACGGAGGCGAUAUUGGACAUGAUCGACGAAAUCGUUGACGGACCCGGGGCGCCUAAACGACUGCCGUUCGCAAGCUUCAUCACCGACGCUCAGAAGGAAUUUCUUAUAUCUGCCGACGAUUCCAAUAGCACUGAAGACUCUGUAAAGCUCGACUGCGAGCCCGCCGCGCGACAAUCACAGUUGACUUUACCUGAAGAUAGUGCCAAAAGUGAAGUUUUGGACACCUCCGCGUCUAGUGUGCAAGUGCAGAAUUCAUCACUAUGUGAAACAGUGUCUGAUGUGGAAAUCACGGCUAGUGUAAAAUCACCCCCUGAGACUGUUUCAGUACCUGACAGUGGAGAGACUGUUGUGAGUGCACCACCUGAACCCACAAGUGCAGUGUUGUUAAUGGAACCUGAGACAUCUGUUGCUUGCCCUAGUUUACCUUCCAGCAGUGCGUCACAAAAUGAUCCUAAAGUAAGUGAUAGUGAAAAACAAGAAAGGACACUUAAAAAUGUGACAUCCAGUGAUAAUUGGGACAAUAUAACCAUUGAAAAGGCAGAAUCCACGUCAAGUGACUGUAUUGUGAGUGAUACACGGCCACCUGAACAGGAAUAUGUAAAAUCACCAUUGAAGCGGCGCUUGGUUAGGCCGCCCCCUUGUGAUCGACGACCGGACUCCACAGUGUCCUCUACAGUGGAUUCACAAACUGUUGACGUUUUCAGUAAUAUACAAUCAAGUGAAACUAUCGCUAAAGAUGUGUCCAGCUCAUCAGAUGCUAUGCCCACUGUACAUGGUAAGGCAGAGGACAUUAGAAAUAUAAGUGAUAUUAAUGUCUGCAAAGCAGAAGCUUCAGUGAGUCCCCCUAAAAAGAUAAAACUUAUUAGGCAAAAAGUUACUCUUCCCGCUUGUGUUGAGGACAGUAGUUCUAGUGAUAAUCAACCAUUAGUGAAAGAACAAUGUCAAUCAACUUCACCAGAUAUUCAUGUUCCACCUGUUCCAAUAGAUAUACAGUUACAGUCAACUAUUACUGUUAUGAGUACCUCUGAACAAGAAUCAUGUGAAAGUUUUGCACCAGUGUUACUUAACCAAGAGUCAUCAGAGGUAUUACCUAUAAAGGAAGAAACUCAAAACAAUGCUAUAGAGCUCAUACUGCAGCAAAGCACAACACACACUUCAAGCACAAUAAAAAUUAAUGAACCCAUUGAUGAUAACAGUUCUCAAAUUAUUGAUGAAAGUAAGCUUUCAAGUGAGUCUUCAUGUGACUUAAAAUUGCAGGAACCUGUUAUUAAACAUGUCAAUGUUGAGCAGCCUGUUAGUAGUGUAGAAAAGCCUCUAACUAAUGAAGAGCUCAGUGCUGACAAGCCUGUUUGCAAUAAGCUCAGUGCUGAGAAGCCUAUUAGUAAUGAGCCGAGUGUUGAAAAGCCUCAUAGUAAUGAGCUCAGUUUUGAGAAGCCUGAUAGUAAUGAGGAGCUUAGUGUUGAGAAGCCUGAUAGUAAUGAGGAGCUCAAUGCCGAGAAGCCUAACAGUAAUGAGGAGCUCAGUGCUCAGGAGCCUAGCUGUAAUGAAAAGCUCAGUACACUGGAGCCUAUCAGUAAUGAAAAGCUCAGUGCUCAGGAGCGUAACAGUAAUGAGAAGCUCAGUGCUCAGGAACCUAUCAGUAAUGAGAAGCUCAAUGCUCAGGAAUCGAAAAGUAAUGAGAAACUCAGUGCUGAGAAGCCUGAAUAUAAUGAGGAGCUCAGUGCUAAGAAGCCUGUUAUUCAUCAGGGGCAAAAACAUACCAUUACUGAUGAUAUACAGCAGACAGACACUGUUACAGAACUUAUACCUUUAAAUGAUACAGUAGUGACAAAAGAAGAUACAGCAGAAAACUCUUCAAACGAUAAUAAUGAUUCUGAACUAAGUACUGAUAUUUCAGAAAAUAAUAUGGUACAGGAUUCAGUAAAAGAAAAUUGUGAUACUGUAGUUAUAGCUAUAAAACCUGAAGAGCAAAAAUCUUUUGAUGAUCCUUUUAAGGAGGAUAGUAAAAAAGUUCCACCAAUUAAGCUCAGCUUAUCAAAUUUACCGGAGGCAUCUACAUCUCAAGUUGUGAAAGAUGAUGAACGAUCAAGUAUUAAUAAGAAUGAAUCUGAUUCAGUUAAACAAAUUCCUAAACUUACUAUAAGACUAAAUAAUAAACAAUCUGAAGAAAUCAAAUCACCAAUUCCGAAGCUUACCAUUAAGCCUAUAAGGCCACCUCCAGAUAGUGAGGAUAAUAAAGACAAUGACCAUCAAAUCGCACCUAUAACCAAAUUAAAUAUCAAACCUAUACUGAAGCCCUCAACUGAUCUAAAUGAUGUUUUCUCAGGUAGUCACAUGGAAGAAGACAAAAUUGAGAAAGAAGAACAGAUUCCAAGUGUCACUAAAAUUAAUAUCAAACCCAUAUUGAAGCCCCCAGAUGUAGCAAAUGAUGUCCCUACAAGAUUACAUUCAGAAAUGGAAAGAAGUAAUAGAGAUAACUCUACAGAAAAUGUUCCUUCUGUGACAAAAUUGAAUAUCAAACCAAUACUGAAGCCACCAGAAAAAAUCAAUGAUAUUCAUAGGAAGUCUAGCAGCAGUGAGAUAUCCGAAUCGGAAUGUUCUGAAAAUGAUGAAAGUACAAGUACCUCAGACCAAGCCUCUACAUCAGAUCAAGGUCCAUCAGAAAUUGUUCCCAAAGUCACUAUAAAAUUAGGCAAACCAGGAACGGAAAGUGAGGGUAAAUUUUACACUGAACAAAAUAUCCCAAAACUUACAAUAAAAGGCUUGCAGAAUUGUGGAAAUGAAGAUGAGGAAUCAAUGUCAAAAUUGAAAUUUGUAAAAAACCAACCUGCCACCGAUGCUCAACUAUUAGAAAAAAUUCCUAAGAUUACUAUAAAAACAGUGUCAAAACCAGAAGGUCAGCCUUUAAGUCCGAAAUUGACAAUAAAACCAUUAAAACCACCUGAAAAUAUUAUAAAGGAAAGUGAAAUAUCAAAAAAUAAGUCUUCAGAUUUUCAUGGAAGUCCUGAAAUUAAAGAAAAUGCUCAUGUGCCUAAAAUUACGAUCAAGCCAAUUACUCGAACAGAAUCAGAUACAGCAUCAAAGACACCCAAAAAGUCAACAGCUUUGAGCGACAGUGCUGAACAUAUUCCUGUGGUUACAAAGCUAAACAUAAAACCGAUUUUGAAACCUACAGAGAGUGAUGAUAUUGAAAAUUUAGAAGACAAAGUUCCUGUAGUUUCAAAAUUAAAUAUAAAGCCUGUAGUAAAACCUAAAGAUAAUGAAUUAGAAUCUAGUAUAGAAGAUGUACCUAAAAUUACUAAAUUAAACAUUAAACCUUUAAGAAAUCCUGAAGUAAACUCUUCAGAACCAAAAGACUGUGAUGCUGACACUGAUGAAAAUAGUAUACCUGUUGUUACUAAAAUUAAUAUUAAGCCUAUUGUUAAGCCUAUAGAAGAAGAUGUAUCAAAAGAUUCAGAGAAUCAAUCAUCAGAGACUGGAAAUUCAAGUGAUGAUAAUGCAGAUAUACCUGUUGUUACAAAAUUAAAUAUUAAACCCAUUUUAAAACCGCUUGAUGCAGAAGAAACAUCUAAAUCCAGUAUUUCUAGUGAACAAGCCAUUCCUACUAUAACAAAACUGAAUAUUAAGCCACUGGUUAAACCGGACGAAAGUUCAACACCAUUAUCCCCAAAAAAGGAGACUUUAAAAAGUCCAGAAUUUAAGAGCUCAUGUAUACCAGUUGUCACAAAAUUGAAUAUAAAACCUGUAGUAAAGCCAGAAGAUAAAGAUCAAAUCAAAUCGAGAGAUGAAAAUGAGGAAAAAAUAUCAAAAAAUCCGCCACUAGUUAUGAAAAUUAACAUGAAAGCUGUAGUAGAGAAUGCUCAAGCUGUUGAUAAUGAAGUCUCAUCACAUAGUGAAAAUAUUUGUAACAAUCUCAAUGAACAUAGUAAUGAAAUAAUUGAACAUACAAACGAUUUAAAAACAGCUGCAAGCUACAUUGACACUGAAAAGUCACAUAAACUUUCCUCUGGCGAUAUUCAGCAAAGCUGUGAUGAAAGUAAAUUCUAUGUGGGUGAGCAUCUUGUCAAAGAAAAACUGGAAAACACAUUUUCAGAAAUAUCAAUUAAACAGAAUUGUGUGACUCCACAGGAUCCUAAUGUUCAAAAAUUUGCAGAGAUUAUUCCAAUGUCGAAAAAUUCAAAUACACUUACAUCAGCUAAAGACUCCAAAGGAGAUAAACUUUUACUGACAAGUUGUCCAAUCCCUAAAGAAUCAAAGACUGAUAGUUCUUCUACAAACACUCAUAUUUCUGACUCCAGUUUGGAGAAGGCAAAUGUAAACCAAGUCUCAGAGAUAAAACCGGAUAUUAGAGGGCUACAUCAGCCGGAAAUGCCACCCCUAAACAAGACACCUUAUGUACAGAAUUGUAAACUGUUGAAGAAACUAUUAGAAAAUUCUAGAGACCAACUUGGCAAGAGAGUAGAAGAACCAAAAAAUUUUGCUAAUUGUACAUUACUUUCCGAAAAGAAGGACUCCAAAACAAUGUUUCAAAAGGAAACAGUAAAUUGUUCAACCUCAAUGGGGUCUCUAGAAACACGGCAAAGUGCAGAUUAUAGUAAUAAAAAUAUCAAUGCUGACAUUUUGUUUGAUACUGAGAAAUCUAAAAGCACUGCUUCGGACAAAAUUAAUGAUACAAGUCAUUCCACAUCCUAUGAUGUGACUAAACCAUUGGAAAUAAACAUAUCCGAGAAAUAUUCAGGUCAAAGCUCUGGACAAGAUUCCCCAAGAAUAAUAUUAAAAAUAAACAAAACUGACCAUGGGGCUUCAGCGAAAAUAAUAACAGAAGAUAUCAAGAGGCCUGAUAGUUUUCAACAAAAAUACACUGAAAAUACUCAAGAGAAUAUAACUGAUAGAGAGAGUCCAAGAAAACACAUUCUGAAUAGUAGAAGGAAGAUUAACACUGAUGAGUCUGUGAGUUUGACUGUGGGGAAAAGAUUACGUAGUUCGAGAAUUGUAGAAAAUACAGACAAAUCGCCAGUAGUAAGGCGAAAUGUUGGGAAAAGGCCCUCUACUACAGAAGUCAGUCCUGUUCAAAACAAAGAGACUGAACUCACUGUACUCGAAACAAAACGACUUAAAUUGGGACAGCUUCUUUCUGGAAACAAAUCUCUAUCAAUAACGCCUGUCGUAAGGGCGACACAGUUAUCGCCAACUAAGCUUGGGUUGGACAAUAAACAGGGGGCUAAGGUGCCCAAUCACGCAAUUCUUAAUAAUGAGAACUGUUCCAAAAAUGGCAAUUCUAAACUCCAUAAUAUAUUAUCAAAUUUACAAGCUAAGCAAAAACAAUCUAUAGGCAUAAAUGACACAACAAUGGUCGACAAAAAUCAAUAUGUAAGUCCAGAUGCUGCUACCGACGCCGUAAAGAGCAAUUUGAGCAACGUUGUGCCAGUAGAGAACUGUCACGUUAAAGUGCAAGAGAUGAUAAUUAAUGAAAAUUGUGACUUACGUGACCAUGGGUCGGGACCCGAAGAGGUCUUGCAAGACCCACUAGAGGUUUCAAUGUCAAAAGCACCCUGUGAUGUAAUCAGCGAAAAAAUUAUCGCUCCUCGGAUAGAAGAACUCACACCUCAGCCGAAAAAGCGGGGUCGACCUCGGAAGCUACCGGUCUCGGAGGGUGCAAAGCCUACCACUGUCACAUUGCCGGUGCCAGCACUCGAGGAACGACCUCAACGUUCCCUGCGAUUAACAAGGGACCGGCCCACAAUACUCACAAAGCCGCGGGGUCGAGGCCGCGGUCGUGGCAGACGAGUUGAAAUCAGCAUGCCCUCAUUGCCGCCUGAAACACUCAAUGUCCCUGUCGAAGACACGGACGAGCGGGUAUUGCGGACCAUCGACCCGACCAGCUCCCGCAUAAAACUGCCGCGCAUGACUGAAGCUUUGGACAAGAUGCCGGGCGGUUGUUCUACGCCACUCUCGAGUCGACGGCGAACAUCAUCGGGGGCCUUCAGUGAAGGCGAACUGAAGGUGGUGCUCGAAUCGGCGAUACCCAAAAUUGAAGAAGCAUUCAUAAAAUCGCCAGAGAUUGUUGGACGUGGCAGAGGAGGCCGAGGCUCGCGUGGCGGCAGAGGGAGGACACCGCGGGGGCGAGGCCGGGGACGGGGCGGAGGGAGGGGAGCUGUCUAUAUGAAGGAGACAAUGGGAAUCUACGGUCGUGUUUGCGGUCCGGCGACUACCACAGUCCAGUUGUUUGAAGAAGAGACAUGUAUGAUGGAUGACAACGCUACGCCCGCUAAACCCUCACAUUUAUUGGAUGAAGACUCACAAAGUUCUGUGAAAAGUUCAACAAACGAAAGCAGUAAAAUGAAGAAAUCAAAAUUUUCUGAUUUGUUUGACAGUAACAAAGUGUGGACGGCGGCAGAUGUUAAAGAAUACACUUGGCCAACGCAAGAAGGUCCAGACACUAUGCCCCAAGUAAUGAUGAUACAAGAGCAAGUGGCGAUGUUUUUGGGCGUGAAGAGUUUCAAAAGGCGAUACCCGGAGCUGAAGAGGCGACCGAUUGUCGGCGAGGAGAAGGACUUCGUGCUCGCAAAAGGAUUGGUCACCGAAGCCCUUUGCGAUCUUGGUAUCACCGCGGUAGACGCGAGCGAAGUUUUGGACAUAAUGUUGUCGGACUACCCUCACAAGUACGAGGAGUACCGCUCGCAUCAGCGCGAGCGACAAUUGACUGAACCGCCGCCCGAGCCGCCGGUCGAGGUCAAACCGGAAGAGAAACUGGUGAAAGUCGAGGUGAAACCAGAGAAACCGGUGGAACAGAAACCGGAAUUGCCGAAAAUUGAUCCGGAGAAGACUAGACAGGACAUGGCGGCGGCGGCGAUCGCGUCGGCGAGCGAGUGGAACGCGCGCGCGAACGCGUGGCGGCGGCCCGCGUGCGUCGACCUGCAGUCGCUGUGCGUGCACCGGCGCCGCGCGCCGCCCGCGCGCGCGCCCUCGCACCUGCGCCCGCCCGCCGGCUUCUACCCGCACGCGCUGCUGCCCGGACAGUACCAGCACUGCUACCGCACCUACACGCCCGAGCAGCUCAGAUACUUCCCGCUGAACACGGCACUAGUGGCGCCGCCAGCGCCGCCGUCACCCGUGGAAUCCAGCUCUGACUCUGAGCAGGAGUGGGGCUCGAGGAGUUCUUCAAGCGAAGACUCCGACUCACGAACACAACCCGCCAAGCGCAAGAAAUUGAGCAAAGUGAAGCGCAGCAGCCAGGCUGAGAUCAAGGAGAAAGAGAAGGAGAAGGACGAGCCGGAACCGAGCGCGGAGGACACGUGCCGCGUCUGCAAGCUGCGGCUCGAGGGCAACCGCAAGUACACGCACGAGAGGUUCCUCGUCUGCGCCAGCUGCCAGGCCAAGUUGCACCCCUCGUGCGUGGAGUUGAGCGCAGACACGAUCCGCAAGUGCCGCGAGUACCCGUGGCAGUGCGCCGAGUGCAAGACGUGCUGCUCCUGCCGCCUGCCCGCCGACGACGACAAGAUGCUCUUCUGCGACCUGUGCGACCGCGGCUUCCACAUCUACUGCGUGGGGCUCGACGCCGUGCCCACCGGUCGGUGGCACUGCGUGGAGUGCGCGGUGUGCAAGUCGUGCGGCGCGCGCUCGCCGGGCGGGCUGCCCGCGCCCGACGCCGCGCCCCCCGCGCCCCCGCGCGCCGCGCCCGCGCCCGCGCCCGCCUGGCACCACCAGACGCGCCGGGGCCCCGGCGGGCACAAGGUCUACUCACACUCGCUGUGCACGCCGUGCGCCAGGGCGUAUCGCAUCGGUCGCUACUGCCCGCUGUGCGAGCGCUCGUUCAUCGGGCCCAAGGGGACCAUGCAGCUCGUCAUAUGUAAGCUCUGCGAUAGGCAACUGCAUCAAGAGUGCGUUAGGCAGACGGUGUCGAGCCUGAACGUGCUGGACUACACGUGCGCGGAGUGUCGCCGCGGCGGCAUCACGUCGCGCGCCGCCGCCGCCCGGUUGGCGCCGCGCACCAUCGCCACGCUGUUCAUGGCCAAGCGGCGGUUCAACAAGUACGCGCACCGGCAGUACAUGCGCUCGCGCAUGCUUGAGGCGGAGGCGGAGGCGGAAGCGGCGGCGGCGGCGGCGCGGGAGGAGGAGGACGCGUCCGCCGACGCGUCCCUCGACCCGUCCCUUGACCCGCUGCUGGAGCCACUGCACGACCCGCCGCACGACCCGCUGCAGGGCGCCGGCUGAACCGUACCGCGCGGUUCAACACAUGGACGGUCUCAUAUAUAUAACAGUUUUAGUCCGUAUUGUGUAACUCCCGUUCGCUUCGGUGAUGAGGUGGUGAGGUAACGUGCAUAAAUCUGAUUAUUAUAACGAUUAACCCGUAGGCUACGUAUUGUGUAAGUUGUCGGACGAUGAGGAGAGGUCGUCUCCUCGCGGUGGACCUUCGUUCUUUUCUGUCGAGAUCUUGACGCAUCGGAUCGACGGAGAGAACCGGCUGCCGCUCAAAAGUGUAUAUUAUUAUUGUAUCUCUGGCUGAAUCUAGACGGUUCGCUUUUACGGACUGCGUAAAUCGCAAAGUGGUUAGAUAGCUGUAGAUCGCAGGUCACUAACUUGAAUACUGUACAGUAAUUUAAUACUAACUUCACUAUAUGGGUAGCUGGGCAAUCAUACUAUUUUUAAUAUUCAUAGUUUUUUAAUUCUGCAAGACAAAUCAUGUAUUGUGUAUUCGUCCACGGUUCGUUGAAGUGUAGCGUGCGAAAGAGUAGUGGAGCUGUUGUUGCACGUUGCGCUGUUGCAACGUUGCAGCGUUGCGCUGUUGCGGACGUACAGCUAUAAGUACGAUUGGCGUUUGUGUUCUCCAAGUGGUCGUAUUCUGAAUGUGUGAAUUUAUGUAAUUGUAGAUGAAUAAUGAGUAUAUCGAUUGAUUUGUUCUCUAAGAAAUAAUUAGUUUCCAAAAUUGAAAAAUAAACGCAUAUAAUAAAAAUCUGCCUUUUAAUGCAUUUGAAUUUUGUUUCGAAAAUAUAAUUCUGCACUGUUAUUUUUUCCAAAAUUGGCGCCAUACUCGCUAAUGUUGACAGUGCGCAUUUUGUUUUUUUUUUUAAUAGAUUAAUUUUAGAUUAUCGUUAAUUUUUGCUUCAUAAGGUAUUUAUUUUAGUUAUACUUUUAUAUGGAUACAACUGUAUACAAUCUAAUGUCCAAUAUAAUAGGCUUGCGAAGGAUUGUUACAAAAACGAGAGACGAGUUUGAAGUACUUCAGGUUCAUAUAAUGUGGAGACUCAGUCACCUGAAGAGAAUUUACUUAUGAAUUGAUAGUUAUGAUUUACGAAUUUUCCCCCUAAUCGCACUUUAUGAAAAUUGUUGAUUAAUUAAUUACACUAUUUAGAUUACGUUAAGAUUUUACGUUUUUGUAGUUUAAUUAUAUUUACGAAUGGAAUUCAGCAGCUCUUCUAUGAUUUGACAAUUAUUUUUCCCCUUACUUAAUUUUCAAAGUACAAAACACAUAGGCUACAUUUAUCUACUACUAAUUUACUAAUUCGUUCUGGAGCACAUACCGACCUUAUUAUUAUAGAUUUAUUAUAUAAAGAUCAAAUAAAUUAUUUAACUCAGAGUAUGUUUAUUUUUCAUUAUGAGAAAUUAUUUAUUUAUUCUUACCGUGUUGCUAAGGUAGAUAAAAUGGUAGAUGUGUGCAGUUGGGCGUUCCAGGGCGGAGGCUGAUUGGUCGAUUUGUCGUGAUGUGCGCCGCGUCGCGUCGCAUCGCGUCGAAUCGCGUCGCAUUGUGUGAGUAGGGUUCUUUCCAACAAGUGUAUGCAUUUGCUGUACUUAUGGUAAUCUCUGCGCGCUAUUGUCUUUUAACCACUGCUGUGUGCAAUUAUUAUCUCCCAAUGUUGUGUAUUAUACAUUGUAUUAGAAACAUAUAUUGUAAGUGCAGGUGGUGAUUCAGUAACUUCAUCGAAUACUGACAUGUAAUGUAUCAUGUUUUAGUUUAUAAUUAUAAUGCUUGGUUAUUUUUAAUCAUAAUUUACUUAGUGACGAUUAUUAAGAUAAAUAUUAUGUCCACAAAUUGUUUCAUGAAAUCAUGAUAAACUUUUAUAUGAUAUAAUAACACAACCCGUACGGGUGUGUCACGAGCCGAAAUUUGCAUUGCUUUAUCGACACAAGUGAAUUAUUAGGACUUACUUGUAAGGAAAUAAUGAUAACUUUAUGUCUACUUAAUGCAAGUGUAAACGUUCUAGAAAUCUCGCACUGUUCGGUCAAUUUUGUAAAAAAAAUAAAAUAAAUUUAAUUUGAA